UAGAUGACAAUAUUUUCCAAGGAAAUGCAAAGAUGUCAUCGGUUGCGGAAUCGCGUGAACGGGAGACGUGAUAAUCCUCGAUAUUGUUAAAGUGUUUCCCCCCAGGAACCUUGUCGCUUUUCGAUUUCUCUCGAGCGCGAAUGACCGUUCAAGUUUUAACACCUGGAUGUGGUAUUCGUCGAAACAGGACAACUGUCCGACGAAAUGAAAAAGUUCACAUUUAAAGGAGUACUCGAUGGUUUCCGUUCAUCGGUCACUCAGCAGGUCAAACCCGAGCAGGAAAUAGUCGAAAACCUUCGACCCGAGCAUUUUCAAGUUAAAAAAACAUUCAGGCAUGGCUUCCCCUACCAACCGACUGUUCUCGCUUUCGAUCCAGUCCAGAGGCUGCUUGCCAUCGGCACCAAGUCCGGAUCGCUCAGAUUUUUGGGUCGACCUGGAGUCGACAUCCACGUCACUCACGACACUUUUUCGGCCGUGACCCUACUCCAAUUUGUUGUCAAUGAAGGUACUUUGAUAUCUGUCACCGCAGACGACACCCUGCACUUAUGGAGUUUCCGGCAAAAAAUACCACAAGUUGUUCAGAGCUUAAAAUUCCAACGGGAGCGAAUUACUUGCAUGCACCUGCCUCUGCAGAGCAAGUGGCUCUACGUUGGCACAGAACGGGGCAACAUUCAUGUUCUGAACGUCGAGACCUUCACGUUGUCGGGCUACGUCAUUAACUGGAACAAGGCGAUUGAAGUGACCCGGAAGACCCAUCCGGGACCGAUAGUGCAUCUCAGUGAUAAUCCUCUCGAACCCAGCAAAAUUCUGAUAGGCUACGAGACAGGACAGAUCGUUUCCUGGGACCUGAAGAGCAAGACCGCGGAUUACAGGUGUCAGGCUGACAAGCCUCUCAGGUCAGUAUCUUGGCACCAUGAGGGUAAGCAGUUUAUGUGCAGUCACACCGACGGCUCCCUUUCGACUUGGACUCUCCGUCAGGUAAAAGCUACGAAUCUUACUCAUCCCCAUGCCAAAAUUCUCAAGGACGGCGAACCCGAGCCCUGCAGGACGAUCCAGAAAGUCGAGUGGAAGAUUUCAAGGUCGGGCGAGGCUUUUAUUAUUUUUACAGGUGGUUUGCCCGUCGAGACUACCGGAAGGACACCCAGCAUCACCGUCAUCCAGGGUAAGACCACGACAGUUCUCGAGAUGGAGCACAAUGUCGUGGAUUUUAUUACACUUUGUGAGAGCCCCUGGACCAGCGAUUGUCAGGAACCCUACGCAGUGGCUGUUCUUCUCCAGAGCGACUUUGUCGUCAUAGAUUUGUUGAGUCCUGGCUUUCCCUGUAUUGAGAAUCCCUAUCCCAUGGACAUCCACGAAUCCGCGGUCACUUGUUGCGCAUACUUUGCCGACUGUCCCCCAGAUCUCGUGCCAGCUUUUUAUUCCGUAGGUUCCAAGUUCCAGAAGCGGACUGGGUUCAGUGAAAAGGACUGGCCCAUUUCAGGCGGUGAGUGGAACCCAAAUUCGAGUAGCUACAGUGAGAUUAUUUUAACAGGUCAUGCCGAUGGAAGUAUUAAAUUUUGGGACGCGUCGGCAGGGACUCUUCAGGUAUUAUAUAAACUCAAGACCUCGAAGCUCUUCGAGAAAAGUAAGACCCGGAGCAUAGAGGGCGAGGAGGAUCCUCUUGCCAUCCAGAUGAUAUUCCUCUGCCCGGAGAGUCGGAAGCUCGCGGCCGCGACUGUGGGGCGACAUGUGAUUUUAUUCAAGUUCAAAAAGGUUGAGAGUACCUCAGAGGUUGUGAUCCUGGACGUCUCCCUCUCGGGAGAUGCCAGGGAAUUAGUUAAAGAAGAAUUUUCCCCCAAUAAGGAUAGUCCAGCUAGUAAUCUCCUCGCGGAGGAUAGAGCCAAGUUCGAGGGUGAAGGAUCUUUGAGGGUGAAAACUGGCCUGCAAAAGAGAGCUCCCGGAUUCCAAGCCAGCCUCAUCUGUGUAACCUACGGAGCGAAUGGAGACCAGUCUGAGUAUAUUUCAGCCUUGAGUCUAAACUCCUCCUACGGUUUGCUCUCUUAUGGCAACGAGUCCGGACUCGUGGUCGUCGACAUUGUACAGAAAGUCUCGCUUCUCAUAGUGAGCACGGCUGAGCUUGGAAUAUCCGUCGAUUCAGGUCGGAUCCUCCGCAGUCCGAAGAAACAGGACGACAGACGCGAGGAGGAGCGGAUCCGGAGUCCCAGUGCUGAUCAGAAUCAAGUUAACUUCGCAGUCUUCCCCGAGAACAAACUAGAGGCAGAUAGGCUCGAGAGCACUUUGAGACGCUCGCCAAGUUCGAGUAUGUCGUCACUGGAGAACAUUUCCAAUGAAACCAUCAGCUGCCUUAUAUUUGCCGAUUCCUACACGAAAAGAGACUCCAUUGCCUUACCGACUCUGUGGAUUGGCACGACUCUGGGUUCCGUACAGCCCAUCGUGUUCAACACACCUACCUCAGGUGAGAGACACGCACAACCUGUGAUUAUUUCUACUUCCAAACUGGGGGGCACGACCUUCAAACUCAAGGGGGCCGUUUUGACAAUGUCGUUCUUGGAUUGCAACGGAGCACUGAUGCCCUACUCCUAUGACUCGUGGAAGGAUGACAAUAGUGAGAGCAGAGACCGGAGCAAGAGCCAGGGCAAGCUGGCAACGAGGAUUCCCUCACCGGUGAGUACCGGAGGGAUGGGAUUUGAGGACAGGCAAUUUGUGGUUCUCACUUCGGAGAAGCAGGCCAAGGUCAUUGCUCUUCCCUCGCAGAACUGUGUAUAUAGGCAGCAGCUGGCUGAUACGAGUAUUGUCAUUAAGGCGGAGAUUACCUCCUUGAAGGACAGUGUCUGUCUCGUCUGCUACAUUUCAAAUGGCCACGUGACUAGUUAUAGUCUGCCGAGUUUAAGGCUUCUCAUAGAUGUAGAUUUUCUACCACUUACGGAUCUCAGGAUCGCCAAGACCCUCUGCUUCAGCAACAGAGGUCAUGGACUCUACCUCUCGGCACCGACCGAGAUCCAAGAGUUUACCGUCUCGACGGAGUUUUGCGGAGAGCUGACAGACAUGAUGGGCGAUUUGUUUAGUGUUCAUGAGAUGCCGGAAGCGCCGAAGGAGAGCUUCUUCAAAGGAUUGUUCGGUGGAGGGUCCAAGAGUUUGGACAGGGAGGAGUUGUUUGGGGAGUCGAGUGGAAGGGCCUCGAGGUCUGUGGCGAAACACAUUCUUGGACCAAAUGCGAGCAUCGAGAACUUGAGAGAGAGGGCUUCAACUUCGACGAGUGAAGUGGCAAUGGCUCAUCAGCUCGUCCUGGAGAGGGGAGACAAGCUGAGUCAGCUCGAGGAACGAACGGCGAGGAUGAUGAACGAGGCGGAGGGAUUUUCUACAUCAGCUCAUGGAUUGAUGCUCAAAUACAAAGAUAAAAAGUGGUAUCAGCUGUGAGAGUACGACAUUUUUCUGGAUUCUAAUCGCUUUCGAUCCUCCUGGGUGAAGAUUGCGUCACCUGACUGUCUGCCCGUCAAACACGUUCUGUAACUGUUAUCCUGGUGACAUAACUGUUCUAGAACAUGUAAUUGUAGCUAUUCCGUAACCGUGUUACAUAAAUGUUAUAGAAACUGAGUGUAACAAAGUUUACGUGCGCGCGUCAUCCCGCCUGACGCCAGUUCCCGCCAUUUUCCGAAUCGAUUAUCGAUGCGGGAUUUCUUCUAGAUUAAUUUUUUAAAGUGCUCCGAGGCUUUCAAUACUUGGGAAUUUCGUAAGAAGGGAGACAUGAGGAAAGAGGAAAAGGGAGGAAGGCUGAAAGAAACGCAGAGCAUAAAGUCUGUAGAAUUCGUCGACAGCUAUCUUCACUUUCGACCCAUACUGGGAAAAUAAGGCCAAGAAUUUAUUUUGAAGAGCUCUUGAGACUAAAUUGAAGAAAAUUUUCGGAGGGUGCUGUCGUAGGAAAAUAGAUGUAGUUAUUGAGUCACUUGUGGGAACUGGCUAGUGUUGACAAUAGUGGGAUUGAAGCAGUAUCGAAAUCGAUUUGGAAGACUCAAAAAAUCGAGACCACUCGCAAGGAUGCAUUUACAGACAUAAGAUGAUUUCACGGAUCCAAACAUUCAACUUUCUCUACUUAUCAGAGGAAGCGAUACGGAUAUCAAGUUUACAGAAUUGUUCUACACGAUAGACUGAUAAUUAUAAGGACAAUUUUUCUCAAAAGACUUACUUCUUCAAAUAAAUCCUAGGCUUGUAAGACAAGUACCAUAAUAGGAUGUUCCUGUUUUCCUACUUUUGGUCGAAUUUGUUACAACAUGUAUGAAGUGGCGACGAAUUUCCUUACUCUAUCGAGCUUCAACGUGUAUAUUUCUCGUUCUCUGACCUAUCAAACAAAUCCACGUAGUUACCUAAAAGGACCCAAAACUUCUCAUAUCAGAGAAGCCAGCAUCGCCAACACGAAAAGUUAACUCGGCUUUCGAAGACACUGUCCUAAUUUUUUGGUGUCUCAAGGUGGCCUCUUCCAAUUUUCCGGACUGCAGGACCGGCAAAGAUCAAACCUCACUCAGGAAUCUCGAAACUGGUAUGCUGGCUGGUCUCAAAAUUUAUAGUUCAAAAAACCGUUUCCGGUUCUAGUAAUUAUAGUCUCGCGAAGUCAGUAAAAAAAAAAUAAUAAAUAAAAUAAAAAAAUAAAAUAAAAAUAAAAAAUGGCGGCAACUGUGAAGAAGCACACGUUUUACUGAAUAUUACAAAAUAGGUGCUCCAAGAUUUUCGUUGGGACCAGCCCUGGCAAUGACAUCCGAGUAUAAUAUUUUAAUAUUUUAACGGCACAAAUCCAAUGAAAAUUGGAAUCUCAGCGAGGCACAAAACUCGGAUGAUGAAAGGCGCUGUGCGGCGCGGCGGCGAGACACUUGUUCGUGUCGAAUUCCUGUUUCAACAUUUCAGGGUAUCGAUUUUUUCGGGCAGUUUUUCUUAUCGAAUGCUUCCAGCAGGGUGUCUACCCACUCACCUGGAAAACCUGGAAUUGUUAGGGAAUUUUUAUAUAUAUUUUAUAUAUUGAUUCUUGUAUUUAAUUGCAAUUAAAUUAACUGAAAAUGUAAUAAUUCAAUUUUUUUAACUCAUUUUUUUUGGAUGACAAUUUAAGUAUCUGAAUGAAAAUUCAUGUAUUUUG